CAAGAAGAGAACUUUAAGUACAUCUUAACUCGCUAAAGUCAGUUGGCAUCUUGCCGCCCUAAGCACGAAACGUCGCGCGAAAUCAUUUUCAGAGAUAAACUUUAAAUUCUCUCUUUCUCUUCCUUCUUUUCUCAUUCGUCUUCACUCCAUUCUCGCCUAAUUAAACAGCAAUUCGAGGGUAAUUCAAUUACCCGUGAAAUAUAUAUAUACAAGUCAUCUAAUUCAAUUUCAAUUCUAAUUGGCGGGGUGAGAGAUUAUUUCCCUCUCCGCAUCUCAAUUAAUUCUACAGAUUUAAUUAGAAAUUAGAAAAAAAAAUCAAGUAAACAAGUUUACUUUCUAAUGAUUUAAUAAAGUGUUAAUAUUGCGCGAAAAAUGUUUACCGGCACUUGUGGCGCACGCGUGCGUCAAUUUUUUUUUUUUUUUUUUAAUAUUUCGAAAGGCGCGCUUAUAAUCUGAGGCGAUUGCUGCUAUAUAUGAUGAUGAAAAGCCGCUUAAAACUUGAAACUGAUUUAUACGCCCACAAGAUUUAUCUUGACUAGAUAGUAUAUACGGGAGCGUGAUCAAAAAAAAAAAAAAAUAUUUAUCGUUGAGGAUUUACAUUUCCAGACUUUGGAAAUUAAGUAGUGACUGGAUUUUUGUUUUUUAUUUUUUCAAUGUGCGGAUUAUGUGCGAAAGAAAUUUUUUGUAUCCCUCUUUUUUCACAUGAAGUGCGUGUAAAAUCUUGAGAAUGUUAAACGCGGAUUCAAAUAGUUCGGUGAUUGUGUCACAGGUUCAUAAUUCACAUGCUCCUCAGGAUUUCACUGUGUCACGAUUACUGUCAACACCAAAUCAAACAAUAGAUUGCAGUGACAGUCCAUCUGUGCCCGGAAGUAGAAGACCCAGAAGAAGUCGAACAACAUUUUCCGCCCAACAAUUAGCUGCUUUGGAAAGGGUUUUUGAAAGAACGCACUAUCCUGACGCUUUCGUUCGAGAAGAAUUAGCAACAAGGGUUUCACUCUCAGAGGCUAGAGUUCAGGUAUGGUUCCAAAAUCGACGGGCAAAAUUUCGCAGAAAUGAAAGAAGUUCAGCGAUGAAUCGUGGGGUUUCAACGAAUCGUGAAAUGGAAGCAACUUUACCAUUGAGGCCAAUCAGAGUUACAAAUCAUGGUAGUGAAAGCAAUUCAGAGCCUCUUCAAUCGCCACAAAUUGGACAAUAUCCCUAUAGUGAUUAUUGGAGAUCUCAACAGCAUUAUGCAACAGUACAAUCAACAACAACAAGUUGUCAUGGAUUUGUCAAUGGAAAUUUGGGACUUACCACAUAUCAUCAACCGGAAGUUCAUACAACUUUGGAGAGUACAUCAAUGAAUAGCUUAAGUGCACUUAGACUUCGUAAUCAUCCUUAUGGCGCUUAUUCGGCGAUGCACGCCACUAUGUGACAAUAUAUCUUUCGAUUAUUAUAUCAUUUCUUCAUGAUUUUAUUGGCGAAAUUCUUCUUAUUUUUGCCAAUUAUGCAAAAAUUUACAAAAAAAAAAAAUCAAAACCAAAGGACUUGGCUGUAAUACUCAUUUUCAUCCUUUAUAAAAGUGUGCUAAAAAGAAAGAGAAAAAAACCAAAAAUAAAACACGCAAUAGGGUACUAAAAAGAAAUUUCGAAAUUAAAUUUUCAAAUAAAAAUAAAUUUUUUAUUUAUAUAAUUAAAAUUAAACUUUUUAUUUCAUUAAAAUUAAGUUAAAAAUUUAUUUUUUUUAUAAACGUAAAUUAAAUUACAAUUUAUUAUUAAUAAUUUCACAAGAGUUUUA